GGCCUCGUCUAAUGCUUCUGAUCGGCCAAACGUCAUUUAAACGCCCGCAUGAGAUUAUGAACACAGUCUUGGCUGAUUUUUAAUGUUUUUAGUUUUGACAAUUUAUUUGUUAGUUUGUGUCAUAUUUUAUGUGUUUUAGUAGUGUUUGACUACAUUUGUCAUUUAGUGAGCGCGCUUCUUUAUACCUAAUUAGGGCUUGCCAACAUGACUUCGGCUUUGUAUUUGGAGCACUAUCUUGACAGUUUAGAGCAUCUGCCCAAUGAGCUGCAGCGCAAUUUCACACUGAUGAGCGACUUGGACAAGAGGGCGCAGGGCCUGAUGAAGGGCAUCGACACAUUGGCUGAUGAGCACCUGCGCAACGUUAAGUCGCUGAGCAGCGACGAGCAGAAGGAGCAUCUGGAUAAGAUCCAGAACAUGUUCAACAAGGCCAAAGAGCUGGGUGACGACAAAGUGCAGCUGGCGAUCCAGACUUACGAGCUGGUAGACAAGCACAUUAGGAAGCUGGAUAAUGAUCUGGCGCGCUUUGAGACGGAGAUCCAGGACAAAGCGCUGAACUCGCGUAACUUGGACGAGCCGAGCGUCGGCAAGAAGGGCCGCAAGAAGAUCAAAGAAGGAAAAGGGGGCGACAAGAAGAAGCGCUCGGGCAAUUCGAGCGAGGACGACUCGUCGGGGACGAACCGCAGCAAGAAAAAGCGGCAGAAGGGUGCCGGAGCGGAAAAGGGCGGCAGUGGGAGCGGUAGCACCGCUGCAACCUCCAGCGAGGUGGCCGAAGCUGUUGCUUCAGUUCUGCCAGGACUGGCCGGGAUUGCGCAUCCCAGCGACGUCCUGGACAUGCCUGUAGACCCCAACGAGCCCACUUAUUGCCUUUGCCACCAGGUGUCUUACGGAGAAAUGAUUGGCUGCGACAAUCCAGACUGCCCCAUUGAAUGGUUCCACUUCGCUUGCGUCCAGCUCACCACCAAGCCCAAGGGUAAAUGGUACUGCCCCAAAUGCACUCAGGACCGCAAAAAGAAGUGAAGCACUCACCAAAAAAAAACAUCCAUCAUUUAGUUUUAAGUUCGGUUGUGAUAAUAAGAGGACGGUUGCAUUGAA